UCAGUGUCAAUUCAGCCGGCACCGCGUUUGGACGUGCCGCCUCGCGCGACUUACACGUGGUUUUUGUCAGUAAAUAAGCGUGAACAAUUUAUGUCAAUUGAUUCGGACGAGUGUGUGUGCGGUGUGCCAGUUUGUGCCCAUAUUGGAUUGCACGGACCUCGCCGUUCGUCGCGCCGCUCUUGUUUUCGACGCCGGCGAGUGAUAAAACAGUGAAAGUGAACCUAUCAGUAUUAUUCAGUGAUGUAUUACGAGUAUUUAUUGAAUAAAAUGUGCCUCGGACGAACUGGACUGAGUUGAGGGAAGAUGUGCGUGAGGUGACUAUGGACAAAGCCAUCCGGCUCUAGUGUAAUAUAAAAAGAAACAUUCCCCUGUUCAAAAUCGUGACCAAGGGCCCUGCGGAGGAGUGCAAGGACAUCUGCAAAAUGACCAAGGGCCCUCGGAAAGUGAAGCUAGUCAUUGUAGUCAACAAUAAGAAAGACCCGCCUACGUUUAAGACUCUAACGCCGACUUCUCGCACGCAGCUGAAACAGCAGUUGAUGAGAGAACAUGCACAGGAGCAGCUGCGCAGAGAAUCUUUACAGGCCCAGCAAGGAGGUGUAUCGAAGGACAAUGAAGAGCGGACGAAGAAGUCGACGCCGACCGACGUCCCGCGCAUCACGCCACACGUCGAACUGCCGCCACAGGUCUUACAGGUGCGCACAGUUCUGGAGAACCCCACCCGGUAUCACGUGAUCCAGAAACAGAAGAGCCAGGUGCGCCAGUACCUCAGCGAAUCCUUUACACCGCAAGCCCAGAAGACUGGCAAACGAGCUGACGGACCACAUCUAAGCGAUUACCUCCGCCAGUGGACACCGGGGGCACCAGAGGAGACACAAGUUGGCAACAAUGUUCGCGGUGCGGCGGUGGCGAGCGCGCCGGAGCUGGGUGCUCGCGCCUCUUCCCCCGACCGCGCCUCCACCUCCAGUCUGCUCAGCCCCGGGAUAUGCUCCGCGGGGGCUAACUCUGAGGCGGACGAGUUCCUGGAAGACAUCCUGUCGCUGGACAGCGGGCAGCCGCUGUCGUCGUCCGAGCCGCCGUCCGCCGCCAGCUCCGUCGCCGGCGACGCCAACCUGUCUGACGCCGACAUGCACGCGCUCGCCAAGGACAGGCAGAAGAAGGACAACCAUAACAUGAUUGAACGCCGUCGCCGCUUCAACAUCAACGAUAGGAUAAAGGAACUGGGUACCCUUCUCCCUAAAACCAACGAUCCCUUCUACGAAGUCAUAAGGGACGUGCGACCCAACAAGGGCACGAUACUCAAGAGUAGCGUGGACUACAUCAAGUGCCUAAGGGACGAGGUGAACAGACUCAAGCAGAGCGAGCAGAGGAGGAAGCAGAUUGAGAUACAUAAUAGGAAGCUCAUGUUACGGAUACAGGAGCUAGAGCGUCUAGCGCGACUGCACGGCCUGCCAGUAUCUGGCGAGGGCAGCGCCUCCCCGCGCGAUGAGCCCGACGCGGAGGAGCCCGCGCCCGCCGCCCCGCCCCCCGCGCACCCCGCGCCCGCACAUACACCGCUACCGGAGGUGGUGCUACCCAAGUCUGAGCCGAGCAUGAUGGACCUGAGCGAGGCGCCGCCUGACCUGCUGCGGGAUACGCCGCACGAGCCACUCUCCGCGCUAGACGCACUAGACGGUCUGAAGUUAGGCGGAUGUUCCCCUCUAAGCCGUGACGAGGGCCUGUCGCUGGACUGCCUGGAGCCCGACCUGUGCCUCGAGCCCACGGAGCACCUGUUUAACCACAAGGAUAUUAAGAUGCGGUUACCGUCCCCAACUCCUGGUCUGCUGGGCGGCGACGAGAGCGACGCGGUGCUCAACCUGGCGCAGAUAGAGGACCUCAUGGACGACGACUCCCACAACCCCGUCACACAAGGAGACCCGAUGUUGUGUUCGUCGCCGACGUCGCUGGGCCUGGGCGUGGGGCGGUGCGCCAUGCUGCACAUAGACCUGUCCUCGCAACCACCCAGUUCCGCCCUAUCUGAAAGCAGUCUGGGCCUGGGCUUGGGCGGGCUGGGAGACGGGCUGGUGCUGGGCGCGCACCACGCCCCACACGCCCCGCACUCCCACCAUCGCCACCACUGCUUCGAUAUGGACCUUGGCGCCUGAUGUGGUGAUGGGACUUCAGAACCUCCUAUUGAGACUUCUAAACCCACAGAACUUGUUGAUAUAGAGACUUUGAAACUUUCUGUCUCCUGGAGUAAAAAAUCCAUAGAGACGUCUCAAACAAGCACUUCACUAAACUGCGAAAAGCAGAACCUUCUCAAUAUGACUUUACUAGACCUUAGGUUUUAGUGCAAAACUUUGAAGCAUUUCAAAGAACCCCAAACGACAUCGAUACGAAUUUGACCACAAUUUAGAAAUAAUUCAUAAACACGACUUUAUAAUCCGUAAAAAUAUUCCAUAUUUAAACCGAUAACUCCAUCCCACCGCUGCCACCAAAUUUUGAGAUGUGACACUAAAGGUCAUACGAAAAAAUUGUAUGGUUUGGAGUGGUUAAAUUGGAGUCGAGCACAGCGACAUUAACGCGUCUGUGACGUCACUUACCUACGCCAAAUCAUACAUUUUUUACAGUCGCGGCGUCACUGACGCUACAUACGCUCGCUUCGAAAGGCUACCAGGUGCUUAACGGUGCUGUUUUGUUCAAUUCCUUUUUAGUCAGACCUAUUUUAAACUAGACGAAACAUGUAAGAUUAUAAUAUCUUACAGCAAUACAUAUCACACCUAAAAGCCUUACCAGUGUAUAACAUUUUUUACACUAUGUUUAAUGUAAAACUAUGAAAUUUAUAAUUAAUAACUUGAAAGACUUGCGGUCAGAAUACCUUAAUAAUAUGUUACCGAUUUUUAUAUUGUUGUCUUCCGAAAAUAUGUGGCAAUAUUAUUAUUUUAUAUGGUGUUGAAAUAUUUGCAAUACAAACUAUAAUGUUAAACUAAAACAUUCUUGCUAUCAGAGUGCAUAAUGCAGAAUAUGAUAUGUGAUAAAAUGUGCCUUUUAUAUUAAUAUUCCUGAGUCAUAUAAUGACGCAUUAAUAAAAUAUAUCAGCAAAUUGUAUAUGUUUUAUAGAAUGUUAUAUUAUAAAAAUAUAUGUUUAUUAUGCUAAGUAACAUUAUGGUAUUUUUGCCAUCCAAAAACGUAUAUUUUGUAAAGUAAGUUGUUAUAAUACAUGAAGUUACCUAUUUAAUAUAUUGUUGAUAUUUUUGUAAAUAUUUACGCACACAUUUGUACAUACACCACAAAACGCAAUGGUUGUUAUGGUCUAGACUCUAGAAUUGUGUGAACAGGUUAAAUAAGUAAUAUUAUGUCCUAAUAUGGCCAAAAUGUGGCCACUUUACACAUUAAAAGUUGAAGUACAGUAAAAACUUGUCUGUACCGGUGACCAUGUGUUUUUAACCGACUUCAAAAAAAGGAGGUUAUGUUACGCAAAGAUCGGAGCAGAGGGCGCUACUAGCACAU